AUGUCGGCAAUCCGUUUACGAGUGUUUAUAUUUUUUAAUUGUUUUCGAAACGACUGAUUUAACUUUAACAAAAACUAUUUCAUUAAAAUAUUUAUUUUUAGAUAUGUUUUCGUAUUAUUAGAAAACAGAUAUACAGUUAAAAUGCCUUACUACUGCACGGUGCCGCGAUGCACAUCUAUGGCUGGAAAAGCAAAAAAUGUUUCUUUUCAUCAGUUUCCUAGAGAUGAAGAAUUGGCCAAAUUAUGGAAUCGAGUACUGAAAAGAGGGAAGCCAUAUACGAAAUACUCUAAAGUCUGCAGUUUGCAUUUUAAACCCGAAGAUUAUACAAUAACUAGUGCGCAGAAAAAUAGAGGUCAAUGGAGGACAUUACGAAAAGAUGCAAUACCAUCUCGGAACUUACCAUCUGAGUCACCUGCUGAAGAUUGGCAUAGAAAGAACACCAGUACUUUUCAGUUGCCAACAUCACUUGAUACAAGUGUACAACACCAAAUGGCACAAGCAAUCUAUGUUCAAACAAUGCUAGCUAUGCAAGCAGCUGGUAUAAACGAAACAAACAAUGUAUCUACCCCUGUUACAGAACACUCAUCACCAUCAAAUUCUGACAGUCAAAAUGAAGAUGAUACUCAAACAACAAUGCAACAAGAGAAAAAAAACACAAUCCCACCAGAAAAAGUAACUUAUGAAUGCCAUCAAUGUUCCAAAUGUUUUAAAGACCCUGAUGUCUUUAUUCUUCAUCAAAGAAAUCAUGUCAAAACCGAAAACAAUGCAGAGAUGCUGAAAGCAAACCCCAUAUUAGCUAAUUUGCUCAAAACAGACUCUGAAAGUAAUAAAAAUGUUAUUAGUAUAGAAAAUCAAAUUAUGUCAGCACUAACAGAAAAUAUGGCAAAUUAUUUGCAAAACCUGUCAACUAUUAUGACGAACACUGCUUUAGACAAUAGUAUGCAUAGUAUUGUUAAGGGACAAUAUGGAACCAACCUUAUUGAAGCUGAUAGUUCCAAUAGCACCAGUAGUGAAGAUCUAAUUAAAGAAACUAUAUCUGACCCUCAGUAUUGUGAAGAAGGCAGUCAUGAAAACACUUCUAAAUUUAUUGAUGAAUCAGAUGCACCUGAUGUUAUGGAAGAACUGGGCAGUGGGGCACUGUGAUAUAAAACAAGACUUGAAAUAGUAUUAAGUAGUAUUUGUAAGUUUUUCCUUUUUUUUUUAAAUCUUAUUCAUUGAUUCAACAGUAUACAAUGUGAUUAAUUUGUAUUAACUGGAUUUGCAACAUUUUACUUAAUAAAACCAGUAGACAAAUUGUUUUAAAGAAAAUGUAAAAAUGCAUUUUCUACACAAGUUUUCUAAAUUUCUGUUGGUGCUCAAACUCGUGCACAUAGUCAAUAUCAUUUAGUAAACUACCAUUCACCUAAUAAUUUUUAAAAGUGGAUUAUAACUGAUAUAAAUAACAACGAAAAAAGAGUAUUUUAUAUUUGAUGAAAAGGUGACUUUGUUUAACCUUUGUAGUUAAAUUUAAAUGCUUUGUAUGUUAUUUACCCACCUUUCAUGUAGACUUUAGAUUAUAAGUUUUUCUUAAUAAAUAAAAACCUCACUCAUUAGUACAUAAUAAGUCAAUUUUAAAAGACUUAUGUCCCACCGUUUUAGCAUUGGUUAUAAAUAAAUUUUUGGAAAUAUUUGAAGGACUCUAAGGAGUUAAGACUAAUUAUGUUAUUUAACAAAGGGUCAGUAACAAAUUUGUCUCAUAUCGUUAAAUUCCACAAAAGAGAUUCAGACAAAACAUUCAAUAACUAGAGGUAUCACAUGAGGCUUGUUGUUUAUUCAUAAGGGUAAAAGUUAAAUUAUAACCCUUAUUCAUAAGAACUUUAUUAGUCUCGAUACAUGGCUUUAACUAUACUUACAAAAGACAAAGACUGAUUUAGUGAACAUGCAUAAGGGGAUUAGUUUCUAAUAUUGCAUUUAUAAUAAGGUGAAUAAGUGGAUGUUGUUUGCAUAAAAAGGCGUAUUAGGCAAUGUAAAAGUUAGUCUAAAUUUUUCACAUAUUAUCAAGAACUAAUUUUCUAUAGACAGGCAUCAGAUUAUGAUGAUGAGAUUAUACUCUUUUAAAUUUUAUAAUUGUUUGCAUAUAAGGAAAUGAUAACAUUUAUUAUGUUUGAAAUUUUAUAAUAGGUGUAUGUGUAACAAAGAGAUUGGUAAAGAUAAUAAAGGUAAACAUUUAAUUUAUUGCCGAGUAUUAUAAUAUGGCAUUACUUUAAAAUAUAAAAAACUUAUUAACCUCCUUGUAUUUAAUGCUGUUGAACAGCUAUAUCAGCUUUCAGUUUAUAAUUUGUAUGCUGUAGAUAAUCCAACAUUUGAAUUUGUAAUUACAGUACUUCAUCCAAUCUGACAUAUACACAUCGAAUACGACAUCCAAUUAUAUCUGAAUUUUUAUGAUAUACUGUAAAAAAAUCUGUGAAAUAUUUGAAACAUCUGGCAUAGUAGUAAAUAUUUAAAAUAAAUGUUUAAUUGAUAACCUCCUUUGGUUAUUAAUUGUUUAAAGAUUAUCAGUUUAUCAAAGUAUCUAACUUCUGUACAACUGUAGAUUAAAACAAUGAGUUGUAUUUUUUGGAAAGGCCAUAUGCAUAGAUAAAAUGCUAGUUAUAUAUGAAGUGCCUUAUAUAGUAGUUAUUUAAGUUUAUGCAGUAUUUUAAUAUGUUGAGAGUAUAAGAUUAUAAAUGGGAUUGUUAUGUUUGGAUAAUAUAUCCGAUCUCAAAGUGCUCAAUUACAUAGUAUCUAUUUUAAUACCUGUUUGUAAUAUUGCAAUCUGGAUGUUGUGACUGUGAAUGGUGAUCAUAUUAAAUGUCCUCAUAUAUGCUACACUACUUUACAAUUUUUAGUUUUUAUACCUCUAUAUUUUAAGAAAUAUUGUGUAUAAGUGUUAUACACAUUGAUUAGUACACACAAAAUGUAGGUACUAUCAAUACAUAUUCAAUUCAAAGAUACUAAAUUAAGCAAACCAUGUGAAUUGUGAGUUGGCCAAUAUUGGUAUAUUAAGUAGUAUCACCAAACUUCAUCAAAGUAUGUUCAUUAGAUUAAAUGUAAUGGAAGUGAGUCCGGCUUUCACUUGUUAUAGUCACAAUCUCAACAUCAGCUUGUUAAAUUAGUGGAACUUUGAAUGUAAUGAAUGGUUUGUCAGCUGAUAUAUAUUUUUUUAUAGUGAUUUCUGGAAAUUGAGACUUAUCUAUUAUUUUUAUGAAUAAUAUGCUUCACUUUCCUUUACCACCAAUUGAUUGGAUGUUUAAAUUGUUUGGAGAUGUAUUAUUUUACUGUAAAGGCUUCAUGUAAAUACCUAACAUAUGAUAUGGGUUCUGAAAUAUAUAUGGAUUGAAGGUAUAUUAUUAUUUCUUAUUUAAAUGUGACAUACAAAACUGUACUUUGUACUUUUUAUAAUUGUGUACUUGAAUUUUACGUAAAAUCGUAAUGAUAAUUAACUUUCAUUAGAAAACUAGUCCACACCCACCCUAAUAAAGAUCACUUGGUCUGCCUCCUUCAACCUCACAAAUAACAUGUUUGAUUUGGGACUAAAGGAAAGCGAAGCUAAAAUGUAUGUCUAUUUUCUUGUGUGAUCUCUUAUACAUAAUUAAAGUAUUUUCAUAU